AUGGCCGCGAAGUCGGACGGGCGGCGGAAGAUGAAGAAGGGCGGCGAGGUGGCGUUCACGCCGCUGCAGAACUCUGAGCACUCGGGCUCCGUGCAGGCGCUGGCCCCAGGGCUGCCCGCCGGCGCCGGGCCGGGCGGCGGCAGCGACGACGAUGAGGCGCCCGGGGGCGGGUGCUGCAGCGGCGGCGGCGGAGACGGCUCGGGCGGCGGCUCCCGGUGCUGCUGCUGCUGCUGCAGCGGCGGCAGAGGAGGAGACGGCGGAGGGGGCGGUGGCGGGGGCUCCCGGGGCUCGGGCGGGGGCUCGUCCUCCUUGUGCCUGCGGCUGGGCAGGGAGCAGCGGCGCUACUCGCUGUGGGACUGCCUCUGGAUCCUGGCCGCCCUGGCCGUGUACUUCGCGGACGUGGGCACCGACAUCUGGCUGGCGGUCGACUACUACCUGCGGGGCCAGCGCUGGUGGUUCGGACUCACCCUUUUCUUCGUACUGCUGGGCUCCCUCUCCGUGCAGGUCUUCAGCUUCCGCUGGUUCGCGCACGACUUCAGCACCGAGGACAGCGCCGCCGCCGCCGCCGCCGCCGGGCACUGCCCCGCCGCCGAGAGCAAGCUGCUGGUGAGCAGCAGCUCCGCGGCCGCGGACAUCGACGCCGCUCGCCCCAGCACGCCGCAGAGACAGGCGUCCACCGCCAGCAAGGGCAACGCCACCAACAGCAGCAGCAACAGCAGCAGCAACGCCGCCGGCAGCGGCGCCGCCGGUCCCCGCGCUGGCGGCGGCCGGUCCGCGUCCUGCGCCUUCUGCAUCUGGCUCCUGCAGUCGCUCAUCCACAUCCUGCAGCUGGGGCAGGUCUGGAGGUAUUUUCACACCAUGUACUUGGGUAUCCGGAGUCGACAGAGUGGAGAGAAUGACAGAUGGCGGUUUUAUUGGAAAAUGGUGUAUGAGUAUGCCGAUGUGAGUAUGCUGCAUUUGCUAGCCACCUUUCUGGAAAGUGCACCACAGCUGGUCCUGCAACUCUGUAUUGUUGUACAGACUCGUACACUCCAGGCUCUCCAAGGUCUUACUGCUGCAGCAUCCCUUGUAUCCCUGGCUUGGGCUUUGGCUUCCUACCAAAAGGCCCUCCGUGACUCCCGCGAUGACAAGAAACCCAUCAGUUACAUGGCUGUUAUAAUCCAGUUCUGCUGGCACUUCUUCACCAUUGCAGCAAGGGUCAUUACUUUUGCUCUGUUUGCCUCGGUUUUCCAGCUGUACUUUGGGAUCUUCAUCGUGCUGCACUGGUGCAUCAUGACCUUCUGGAUCGUUCACUGCGAGACAGAGUUUUGCAUCACUAAAUGGGAGGAGAUAGUCUUCGACAUGGUUGUUGGGAUCAUCUAUAUCUUCAGCUGGUUCAACGUCAAGGAAGGGAGGACACGCUGUAGGCUUUUCAUUUACUAUUUUGUCAUCCUUUUAGAAAACACCGCCUUGAGCGUUCUCUGGUAUCUGUACAAGGCCCCUCCAAUCUCUGAUGCAUUUGCCAUACCAGCACUGUGUGUAGUGUUCAGCAGCUUUUUAACAGGCAUUGUUUUUAUGCUGAUGUACUAUGCCUUCUUUCACCCCAACGGACCGAGGUUUGGGCAGUCACCAAGCUGUGCUUGUGAGGACCCGGCCGCUGCCUUCACCCUUCCCCCAGAAGUGGCCACGAGCACCCUGCGCUCCAUCUCCAACAACCGGAGCGUCACGAGCGAGAGGGAUCAAAAAUUUGCGGAGAGGGAUGGGUGUGUGCCUGUGUUCCAGGUGAGACCCACUGCACCGUCCACACCUUCCUCCCGGCCACCAAGGAUUGAGGAGUCUGUCAUUAAAAUCGAUCUGUUCAGGAACAGGUACCCAGCAUGGGAGAGACACGUGUUGGACAGGAGCCUGAGGAAGGCGAUCUUAGCGUUUGAAUGUUCCCCUGCUCCUCCACGGCUACAGUAUAAGGAUGAUGCCCUCAUUCAGGAGCGCUUGGAAUAUGAAACCACAUUGUAGACAAAACAAAAACACAGCUUGGAGCAGCUCCAACGUUACAGUCCAAAUUAAGGGUUGACAGUAGGGCUGUAGGAGCAACUAAACUGCGUACUGCAAGUAGAGCAGCGAGCUAUAGCGUUCUUA